ACUCCACAAAAUCAUGGGUCAUCUGUCUUGCAUUUCAGUCAAUACUCCACAAAAUCAUGGGUCAUCUGUCUUGCAUUUCAGUCAAUACUCCACAAAAUCAUGGGUCAUCUGUCUUGCAUUUCAGUCAAUACUCCACAAAAUCAUGGGUCAUCUGUCUUGCAUUUCAGUCAAUACUACACAAAAUCAUGGGUCAUCUGUCUUGCAUUUCAGUCAAUACUCCACAAAAUCAUGGGUCAUGUCUUGCAUUUCAGUCAAUACUCCACAAAAUCAUGGGUCAACUGUCUUGCAUUUCAGUCAAUACUCCACAAAAUCAUGGGUCAUAUAUCUUGCAUUUCAGUCAGUACUCCACAAAAUCAUGGGUCAUCUGUCUUGCAUUUCAGUCAAUACUCCACAAAAUCAUGGGUCAUCUGUCUUGCAUUUCAGUCAAUACUCCACAAAAUCAUGGGUCAUCUGUCCUGCAUUUCAGUCAAUACUCCACAAAAUCAUGGGUCAUCUGUCUUGCAUUUCAGUCAAUACUCCACAAAAUCAUGGGUCAUAUAUCUUGCAUUUCAGUCAGUACUCCACAAAAUCAUGGGUCAUCUGUCUUGCAUUUCAGUCAAUACUCCACAAAAUCAUGGGUCAUCUGUCUUGCAUUUCAGUCAAUACUCCACAAAAUCAUGGGUCAUCUGUCUUGCAUUUCAGUCAAUACUCCACAAAAUCAUGGGUCAUCUGUCUUGCAUUUCAGUCAAUACUCCACAAAAUCAUGGGUCAUCUAUCUUGCAUUUCAGUCAAUACUCCACAAAAUCAUGGGUCAUCUGUCUUGCAUUUCGGUCAAUACUCCACAAAAUCAUGGGUCAUGUCUUGCAUUUCAGUCAAUACUACACAAAAUCAUGGGUCAUCUGUCCUGCAUUUCAGUCAAUACUCCACAAAAUCAUGGGUCAUCUGUCUUGCAUUUCAGUCAAUACUCCACAAAAUCAUGGGUCAUGUCUUGCAUUUCAGUCAAUACUCCACAAAAUCAUGGGUCAUGUCUUGCAUUUCAGUCAAUACUCCACAAAAUCAUGGGUCAUCUGUCUUGCAUUUCAGUCAAUACUCCACAAAAUCAUGGGUCAUGUCUUGCAUUUCAGUCAAUACUCCACAAAAUCAUGGGUCAUGUCUUGCAUUUCAGUCAAUACUCCACAAAAUCAUGGGUCAUCUGUCUUGCAUUUCAGUCAAUACUCCACAAAAUCAUGGGUCAUGUCUUGCAUUUCAGUCAAUACUCCACAAAAUCAUGGGUCAUCUGUCUUGCAUUUCAGUCAAUACUCCACAAAAUCAUGGGUCAUCUGUCUUGCAUUUCAGUCAAUACUCCACAAAAUCAUGGGUCAUCUGUCUUGCAUUUCAGUCAAUACUCCACAAAAUCAUGGGUCAUCUGUCUUGCAUUUCAGUCAAUACUACACAAGAUCAUGGGUCAUGUCUUGCAUUUCAGUCAAUACUCCACAAAAUCAUGGGUCAUCUAUCUUGCAUUUCAGUCAAUACUCCACAAAAUCAUGGGUCAUCUGUCUUGCAUUUCAGUCAAUACUACACAAGAUCAUGGGUCAUCUGUCUUGCAUUUCAGUCAAUACUCCACAGAAUCAUGGGUCAACUGUCUUGCAUUUCAGUCAAUACUCCACAGAAUCAUGGGUCAUCUGUCUUGCAUUUCAGUCAAUACUCCACAGAAUCAUGGGUCAACUGUCUUGCAUUUCAGUCAAUACUACACAAAAUCAUGGGUCAUGUCUUGCAUUUCAGUCAAUACUCCACAGAAUCAUGGGUCAACUGUCUUGCAUUUCAGUCAAUACUCCACAGAAUCAUGGGUCAACUGUCUUGCAUUUCAGUCAAUACUCCACAAAAUCAUGGGUCAACUGUCUUGCAUUUCAGUCAAUACUCCACAGAAUCAUGGGUCAUCUGUCUUGCAUUUCAGUCAAUACUCCACAGAAUCAUGGGUCAACUGUCUUGCAUUUCAGUCAAUACUACACAAAAUCAUGGGUCAUCUGUCUUGCAUUUCAGUCAAUACUACACAAAAUCAUGGGUCAUCUGUCUUGCAUUUCAGUCAAUACCCCACAAAAUCAUGGGUCAACUGUCUUGCAUUUCAGUCAAUACUACACAAAAUCAUGGGUCAUCUGUCUUGCAUUUCAGUCAAUACUACACAAAAUCAUGGGUCAUCUGUCUUGCAUUUCAGUCAAUACUACACAAAAUCAUGGGUCAUCUGUCUUGCAUUUCAGUCAAUACUCCACAAAAUCAUGGGUCAUCUGUCUUGCAUUUCAGUCAAUACUACACAAAAUCAUGGGUCAUCUGUCUUGCAUUUCAGUCAAUACUACACAAAAUCAUGGGUCAUCUGUCUUGCAUUUCAGUCAAUACUACACAAAAUCAUGGGUCAACUGUCUUGCAUUUCAGUCAAUACUACACAAAAUCAUGGGUCAUCUGUCUUGCAUUUCAGUCAAUACUCCACAGAAUCAUGGGUCAUCUGUCUUGCAUUUCAGUCAAUACUACACAAAAUCAUGGGUCAACUGUCUUGCAUUUCAGUCAAUACUACACAAAAUCAUGGGUCAUCUGUCUUGCAUUUCAGUCAAUACUACACAAAAUCAUGGGUCAACUGUCUUGCAUUUCAGUCAAUACUCCACAAAAUCAUGGGUCAACUGUCUUGCAUUUCAGUCAAUACUACACAAAAUCAUGGGUCAACUGUCUUGCAUUUCAGUCAAUACUACACAAAAUCAUGGGUCAUCUGUCUUGCAUUUCAGUCAAUACUCCACAAAAUCAUGGGUCAACUGUCUUGCAUUUCAGUCAAUACUCCACAAAAUCAUGGGUCAACUGUCUUGCAUUUCAGUCAAUACUACACAAAAUCAUGGGUCAACUGUCUUGCAUUUCAGUCAAUACUCCACAAAAUCAUGGGUCAUCCAUCUUGCAUUUCAGUCAAUACUCCACAAAAUCAUGGGUCAUCUGUCCUGCAUUUCAGUCAAUACUCCACAAAAUCAUGGGUCAUCUGUCUUGCAUUUCAGUCAAUACUCCACAAAAUCAUGGGUCAUCUGUCCUGCAUUUCAGUCAAUACUACACAAAAUCAUGGGUCAUCUGUCUUGCAUUUCAGUCAAUACUCCACAAAAUCAUGGGUCAUCUGUCCUGCAUUUCAGUCAAUACUACACAAGAUCAUGGGUCAUGUCUUGCAUUUCAGUCAAUACUCCACAAAAUCAUGGGUCAUCUGUCUUGCAUUUCAGUCAAUACUCCACAAAAUCAUGGGUCAUCUGUCUUGCAUUUCAGUUUUCAGACACAAGAACGGUUUUCAUAUUCCGACAAGGGGGCGUCCUGCGCCUGUUGGGUCAGGAUACACGGCCCCUUCUUAGCCUCGUACCUUCUUAGCCUCGUACAAACACCACCACCGAGACACACACUUGAAGGACUCGACACUCAGAUUGGUCCAGCAAAUGGUAAGAUGACGGAAGAAAGGCAAUGAGAGAGAGAAUGACGGUCCCCCUCGACUCACCUGGUAGAGGAAGAUGAAGAAGAUGACGUCGUCCCUGAGGCAGCCGAGGCGGUACAUGGUGGGCAUCUUGAUGACGAAGGCGA